GGGCGUGGGGGCGACUGUUUCCCUCCAACGUCCCAAGCCCCUGAGGCGGCCGCCAUUUUCUUGCCUCCCCCUCUCGUGGCGGGCCGGGCUCCGCUCCUGUCGCGGCGGCGAUGGCCGGCGUGAUCCGGCGGCUGGAUGAAGCUGUGGUGAACCGCAUCGCGGCCGGCGAGGUCAUCCAGAGGCCGGCGAAUGCCAUCAAGGAGAUGAUAGAGAACUGCUUGGAUGCUAAAUCUACGAAUAUCCAGGUAGUAGUUAAAGAAGGUGGUCUGAAGCUCAUCCAAGUCCAAGAUAACGGCUGUGGUAUCAGAAAAGAAGAUCUCAACGUUGUAUGUGAGAGAUUUACUACGAGUAAACUACAAAAAUUUGAAGACUUGUCUAGUAUUUCUACAUACGGUUUCAGGGGUGAGGCAUUGGCUAGCAUCAGUCAUGUUGCCCAUGUUACGGUAACAACUAAAACAGCUGAUGCAAAGUGUGCAUACAGAGCUUCUUACAGUGAUGGAAAAAUUAAAGCCCCUCCAAAACCCUGUGCUGGAAACCAAGGGACACAGAUCAUGGUUGAAGAUCUCUUUUACAAUAUAAAUACACGGAGGAAAGCUUUAAAAAAUCCAAGUGAAGAGUAUGCAAAAAUACUAGAAGUUGUUGGCAGGUACGCCAUCCAUAACUCAGGUAUCAGCUUUUCAGUUAAAAAGCAAGGUGAUACCGUGUCGGAUGUUAGAACUUUAACAAAUGCCUCAACAGUGGACAACAUUAGGUCCAUCUUUGGAAAUGCUGUUAGCAGGGAAUUGAUAGAAGUGGGCUGUGAAGAUGCAAAUCUGGCCUUUAAAAUGAAAGGCUACAUCACAAAUGCAAAUUAUUCUGUGAAGAAAUCUGUAUUUUUACUCUUCAUAAACCAUCGACUGGUAGAGUCAACAGCUUUGCGGAAAGCCAUAGAGACUGUGUAUGCUGCUUACCUGCCAAAAAGUAUGCAUCCAUUCCUGUACUUAAGCCUGGAAAUAGCUCCCAAGAAUGUAGAUGUGAAUGUGCAUCCUACAAAACAUGAGGUCCACUUCCUUCAUGAAGACAGCAUUCUAGAGCGUGUGCAGCAACACAUAGAGAGCAAGUUACUGGGCUCUAAUUCCUCAAGGAUGUACUUCACUCAGACAUUGCUUCCAGGGGCUGAGUGUUCUUCCAGUGAGGUGGUAAAAUCAGCAGCAAACCCUUCUGCAGCCACAAAAGGAAGCAGUGAUAAAAUCUAUGCACACCAGAUGGUCCGCACUGAUUCCCGAGAGCAGAAACUGGAUGCUUUCCUUCAGCACAUGAACAACCCCCUAAGCACAGGCCCUGCUGAAGUGACUGUGGGGGUUAAUGCAGCGCCUCCAGUGGGUCCUGCCAGGCUGCAGGAUGCUGAAAUGGAAGAUGCCAGUGAUCUUGAAAUAGCUGAUGUCCUUGAAGCGGCUGAGGUUCAGCAGGACGUGGCAAUGCCUGAAGAGCUGAGUAAGAGUAGACACUUGUUUCCUGAGAAAGCACUUCCUCGAAAGAGACCACGGGAAGACACUGACAUAGAGAUGGAAAAAGAUGUUUCCAGAAAGGAGAUGACUGCUGCCUGCACCCCUAAAAGAAGGAUUAUCAAUUUGACCAGUGUGUUGACUCUUCAGGAGGAAAUUAGCAGCCGAGCACAUGAAAGUCUUCAGGAAAUGCUACGUGAUCACUCAUUUGUUGGCUGUGUCAGCCCUCAGUGGGCUCUGGUGCAAUAUCAGACAAAACUGUAUCUUCUCAAUACAACAAAACUCAGCCAAGAACUCUUCUACCAGAUACUUAUUUAUGACUUUGCAAACUUUGGAGUCUUAAGGCUCUCUGAGGCAGCUCCUUUAUAUGAGCUUGCAAUGCUUGCUUUAGAGGACCCUGAGAGUGGCUGGACAGAAGAAGAUGGCCCAAAAGAAGGUCUUGCUGAGUACAUAGUUGAGUUUCUGAAAAAGAAGGCUGAAAUGCUGAAAGACUAUUUCUCUCUUGAAAUUGACAAGGAAGGAAAUCUGAUUGGCUUGCCACUUCUGAUAGAUAACUAUAUUCCCCUUUUGGAAGGACUACCUAUGUUUAUCCUUCGUCUGGCCACAGAGGUAAACUGGGAUGAGGAAAAGGAGUGCUUUGAAAGCCUGAGUAAAGAACUCUCUCUGUUUUACUCCAUUAGAAAGCAGUAUUUAAUAGAGGAAGCCACUCUGACCCUCUCCCAGAAUGAGGAGUCUGAUUCUGUUUCACCACCAUGGAAAUGGACUGUGGAACACGUUGUUUACAAAGCUUUUAGGACUUACCUUUUACCUCCUAAACACUUCACAGAUGAUGGCAACAUCUUGCAGCUUGCUAACUUGCCUGACCUGUAUAAAGUUUUUGAGAGAUGCUGAACAAGUAGUUAUUUGUAUAGACUUGUACAUGUUUUAUUUUAUUUAACAGAUAAAAUCUCAGCUGAGGAAGGUGUUUAAUAUCAUACAAAUGAUAGCAAACAUUUUCCUUCAACUUAUCAAAGAAUAAAGAAAUAUUUUCACUAAAAUGUUUCAGUUAAAUCCUCACUUAUGGUUUGAGUGUCAAUAUUAAACAGUCCAGCAAUAGAAUAUAAUCAAGAUGAAUCAAGUUAAGUGAUCUUGAGUUUAAAGUAGGAGGAUUUGUUACUUCCAGUAGCAUUUCUCAAAGAGGAAGAGCAAUUUUUUCCCCUAAAUCCACGAGCUCCCUAACAUCUAAACUGCAUUAUGGUUGAAACUGCUCUUUUUCUAUAGUUCAGAGCUUUACAAAACUAUAUUACCUAAAGCCACCUUGUCUUCUAAACAGGAGAAAAAUGCAGGAUGUAUUUUGCAGUGCUGCUUGCAAUAAUGCAAAACAUUCCAAAGCCUGUUAUGGAGUAGAAAUUGACAACCAAAUAACAGUACCAAUUCUGUUAAUAGUUUGUUGGGGUUCUUAUUUUCUUCCUUUUAGAUUCUUUGUUGACAACUGCCUCUUGAAACAACACCCAGUCCAAACUUUGUUUUCAGGCCUUCCCCCCAAAAAAUUAAAUAAAUUACAAACAGCACACAGCCACAUUUGCUGCCUUUACAACAGUUCAGAUUCACCUUUUCAAAUUAGAAAAGGUCAGCGUGAUCUUUCUUGCUUGCUGUUUAUUGCUCAGAUCAACUUGCAGAAAAACAACAAUCAUACAAAAACACUUCUUCAGGUUA